AUGAAAAAAAAUAAAGAUAAAGUUUUGAUUCUUGUUAAGAGGUGUAAGGUAAUUAUUUUUUAUUUUAAAGAACUUUUUCGCGCUUUUAAGAGGUAUAUAAUAAAUGGCUCAUAUUUAUGAUAGUAAAAUGUAGAAUAUUGACCCAGCAAUGAAGAGGAGAAAAUAAACUAGAGUGAGAAAGUAAUUAGUAAACAAGACUUUACAAGAAGAAAGUGAAGAAAAUCUGUUGAUUGAAGUGCAAUAGAAAGUAACAAAAAAAUAUCAAAAUUAUUUGCAUACCAUCCAAAAAAUGGGAGAUUUUGAUUGGACAGAUAUUGAGAAUACAAACAAUAUAAAGGUUAUUUAUCCAAGUAAGCAAUGUCUUAUUUUCAAGUUCAAUUUUUGCAAGCUUCUACUUUAUAAUUUAUGAUUGCAGCGAUGUAUUUUAAUUGUGAUCAAGACUACCUUUAACAUAACCUUGAAGAGGUAUAAAAAUUAAUGAAGAAAACUGAAUAAGCUUAUGGAACUUCAUAAUAAGAGUAUAAUUAUCGUUUAAUUAAGUGAUUGUAAAAAAUAGAAAAAUAAAAAAGGGUAUGAUGUGAAUGAUGAUAUAUUCAUUUUAGAGAUGAGAUAAUUAUAAAUCUAAGAUUUGGAUGAUAUUAUUGCCAACUAAGAGUACUAUUAUUUUUAUAUUUCUAGAUUAAAAUUAGAAAAAAUUUAGAAGGAAAAUGAAAAUGCUAUUGAAAAAUUUUAAAUAGAGGAUAUUCCAUAACUUAAACCCCCAAUUAAAACAGAUUAAUCUAACAAUCUUUUAAGGGACAUUUUCGGAUUAACAGAGUUUGAAAAAUAAUACAUAGAAAAAAUAGAAUUGAAAAUAUAAACAGAUGGAUAAAAUGAUGUUACUUAAGAAACAGGUAAGAAAACAUAAGGAGGGGGAAUUCAUUUAUAACCAAUUUUAGAUGAUGCUCUUUGUUAAGUUUGUAAUGAUGGAGAUUAUACUGAUGAUAAUUUAAUAGUAUUUUGUUCAAAAUGCAAUAUAUCAGUCCAUUAAAAAUGUUAUUUAAUUGAAGUAAUACCAAGUGAAGAUUGGAUAUGUGAUGUAUGUUAAACUUUUGGACCUAAUGGAUAAUAUUUACGUUGUGCUUUAUGUCCGAAAUUAGGAGGAGCUAUGAAAGCAACAUAAAUAGAUGCUUCUUGUUUGGAAAAUCUAAAUCAAACAUAUUUUGAAUCAUAAGGAGAAACAAUGAUGAAAAAUGAUUUUGUUUCUAAAUUAUGUAAAUUUAUAAAUAUCUUAAAUAGUCUAAUAAAUAGAUGAUGAUUAAGAAUUAUAUUAUGAUUUCAGUAAAAUACCAAAUAGAGAUAUUAGAGAUCUUGAAAAUAAUAAAGAUAUCAAAGAACCAUAACCAUAAAAAGUAUGGAUUCAUUUAUCUUGUUUUUAUUGGUCACCUGAAUGUUUUUUAGAUGAAAAGUAAGAUAUAUUAAAAGGUGUUGAUAAUAUAAAUUAAAAAAGAUUUACUCUUAAUUGUAGUUUGUGUAAUAUCAAAAAAGCUGGAAUGUGUAUUUAAUGUGCUAGAGGUAAUUGUUAAACAGGAUUUCAUGUAGAAUGUGCUAGAAGAUCAGGAAUAUUUCUUACAUAAACAAUUGUCAACACUAAACCAGAUUAUUAAAUAUUUUGCUAAAAACACGUACCACUUAAAGUUAAGAGAAUUUUAGAAUCAAAAUAAAGAUUAUAUGAAAGAGAAAUAAUUGAUUUUUUUAGAGCUUAUGAAAAAUGCAAAACUGUACAUAAAAAGUCUUAAUAAAGACCUAAAAAAACAAAAUCAACGAAGGAAUCUCUAUAAAAGUAAGAGAUUUAGGAACAUUAAGAGAGUGAAUUUGAUUUAAUAGAUUUUGCUUCAAAAUUAAAGGAAUUUAUAGAUUAAAUUUUAGAUUAAAAAAUGAUAGUAAAUUUAAAAUUAGAGGAAGGUAAAUAUGUUUUCGAAUCUCUAUCUGAACCAUAAUUAAAAUAAUAAAAAUAAUAUUACUUAACAAAAUUGCCAGAAUUAUAUUAAACCAAAGUUGAUUAAAAUGGAUUACUUAUUACAUAAUUUUAUAAAAGUACUAUUACUGCAACUGAUGAAAUAUGGAAAUUCUUUAAAUAUAGAGAUUAUGAAAAAGAUAUCACUUAUAAAAUGUAUGAAAAGUUGAGAAGAAGAGCAAGUAAAUUCAUGUAAGAAUUAAAUCCCCAGAAAAAACAAGCUAAAUUGAUUGAUAUGUUGAUGUUGAAAAAAUUUAAAAAAAACAAGAAAUCUGAUUAUAAAAAAGAAAUAAUAAUUGAAUAAGUUGGGGAUGAAUAUUUUUAAAGAGAUGAUAAUUUAUAUUGUGUUUGUAGAGGAAAGUUUAAAGAUGGCAAUCCUAUGAUUUGCUGUGAAUAUUGUGAUGAAUGGUUUCAUUUUGAUUGUUUAGAAAUAAUAAUCCCAUAUGAAGAAAUAAGCAAAAUGGAUUUUUAUUGUUUUUUAUGUAUAGAUGAUUUACCAAAAGAUAAAUAGGUUGAAAUAUACAAAAAUUAUGCGAAUGUAUUUAAAGAUUCAUCCUUUAAACUUUAAAGAGAAUUAGCUCAUAAAUGUGCAUUAAAUGAAUCUCGAAAAGCCAGAAUAAAUGAAUUAAAACAGGCUAAGUUAAUUUAAGAAAACAAUAAUUUAGAAUAACAUAAUCCAUGUUUAGAAUUAAAAUUAGAAUAAAUAUAAUUUGAAGAACAAAUUAAUGAAUAUAUUUAUGUUCCAAAUAAUUGUGUUUCUAAAUAAAGUUAAAAAGAAAUAAAUUCAGCAGAUAAUAAUUAUAAUUAAGUGGAUAUUUAAAAUGAUGGUUCAGAAAAAAAUAAAAAAAGCGAUGAUCAUGUUAAAACCCCAAGUAAAACAGAAUCGGUUGAAGAUCCUGAUAAUAAAUUGGAAGUGCCAGAAACUCAAGAAAAAUAAAAUAGCAAACUUAAAUAAAAAACUAUACGUAACUAUAUACCUAAAAAGUGA